AUGCGGGGCUCGGAUGACAUGGUUGAAUGGCUGGAACUACUUGGUCACUCAGUUGAAAAUUUGAAUGGUCUGAAUGCUAUACACGUCUCAGAGACGAAUGGUAAGGGAAGCACCUGUGCAUUCGCGGCGUCGUUCCUCAAGGCUUACGGCAAUGACACUGGAUACCCGCAAAACAUUGGGCUCUACACAUCGCCACACAUGAAAAAUAUACGUGAGAGGAUUCGCAUCAAUGGCGAGCCUAUAUCGAAGGAGCAUUUUACGAUGCGGUUCUUCGAAAUCUGGGAUAAGUUGCCAGGCCAGGCCACCCCGAUAUUGGAUAUUCCUCGAUAUCUCCAGCUCUUGACUCUCCUCUCUUUCCAUGUCUUUAUUGAGGAAAAAGUAAAUGUGGCAAUUUAUGAGACUCACCUUGGUGGAGAAUUUGAUGCAACGAAUGUCAUAAGGAUGCCGCUUGUGACAGCCGUUACACCAAUUGCAAUGGAUCACGUCAGUCUGCUCGGUAGUCUAGCCUUCUCAGCUCUUCAGGAACCAGAGGUUGCUAUGGUACUUGAGCAGCGAGCGGCCGAGAAAGGAGUUAGGCUUAAGUUUAUCGGCGUCGACUCUGCACUUCCGACCAGCGCGGCGGCGCUACAGCCCAAAGUCCAGAAAAUAAACUGCUCUUUGGCCCUCGCAGUAGCCCGGGCUUGGAUAGCUUUGAAGGCACCUAAGAUGCAAGCUAUAAUGGAAGAUAACAUUGCUUGUGGCAUCGAGCAUUUUGCCUGGCCAGGACGGUAUCAGCAAAUCAACGAGCGGAAUUGUCAGUGGUUUCUUGAUGGAGCGCAUAAUGAUUUGAGCUUGCGACAUGCUGUGAAGUGGUUCGCCGAAACGGCCACGGGGAAACAAAAUCAUGCUGUCACUUCCACGCGCAUUCUUAUAUUUAGUCAAAUUUCAGCCCGAGAUGGCGUGGCACUUCUGCGUAGCAUCGCCGAAUCUCUACAAAAUCAUAACAUUCAUAUGCAAUACGUCAUUUUUACCACAUAUGAUGAAAGGCGAGAUGGCCAAACAAGGAUUGAUAGAAAUCUGAAAAAUAAUUUCUCGGCAGACGUCCAAGAGCGUUAUGCCGAGACUUGGAAAGGUUUGGAUCCUACGGCUACGGUAAUACGCGAGCGGACAGUUGAAAGUGCUUUAGAUCGGGCUAGGGAACUCGGUAAUCAGAAUAGCGGUAUGCAAGCCUUGAUAAUAGGGAGUCUCCACUUGUGGUCGAGCAACAGCCAGAAGUACUGCGAAACAAUCACUCAAGAUAUGCGCCAAAAUAACGUACCAAAGAAGCUAGCGCAAGAUAUCCCAAGCGUAGUUGAGAACCAUGGUCGAAAAUUAAAGAUUUCGCCUCCUCCCCAGCCAGUGGGCGAUCCGGGCCCGCGCGGAUGA